AUGGCGAACAGCAAUAGUAGAAAACUGCUUAAAUAUGUUACAGAACUUAGCGGUAUAAAAUCAAGAAACUAUGGAACUGCUAAGAGAGUUGUGGCUAAGAACCCUGUUGUGGAAAUGGAUGGAGAUGAGAUGACUCGAAUCAUCUGGUCUAUGAUCAAAGAGAAGCUUAUAUUUCCUUAUGUUAAGCUGGAUUGCUUGUACUAUGAUCUGGGCCUACCACAUAGAGACGCCACUGAGGACCAGGUUACUAUUGAUGCCGCACAUGCUAUCCUCAAGCACAAUGUUGGUAUCAAGUGCGCUACCAUUACCCCCGAUGAACAAAGAGUGGAAGAGUUCAAGUUGAAAAAAAUGUGGUUGAGUCCGAAUGGAACAAUUCGUAACAUUCUUGGCGGUACAGUAUUCCGUGAGCCAAUUUUGUGUCAAAGCAUUCCCCGUGUAGUACCUGGCUGGACCAAAGCCAUCGUGAUUGGUCGUCAUGCGCACGGUGAUCAGUAUAAAGCACAAGAUAUGGUUAUAUCCAAACCUGGAAAGAUAGAAAUGGUGUACACAGCAGAAGAUGGUACAGUAGAAAAGCGCCAGUUAUAUAACUUCAAAGGACCCGGCGUUGCCAUGGGCAUGUACAACACAGAUGAGUCCAUUAGCGCCUUUGCUCACUCUAGUUUUCAGGUGGCGUUACAAAAAAAAUGGCCGUUGUAUUUGUCUACCAAAAACACUAUUCUUAAGCGAUAUGAUGGCCGCUUCAAAGACAUCUUUGAAGAAGUAUAUCAAAGCGAUUAUAAGAAGCAGUUCGAGGACGCCAAGAUCUGGUAUGAACACCGGCUGAUCGACGACAUGGUGGCGCAAGUCAUCAAGGGCUCAGGCGGUUUCGUAUGGGCGUGUAAGAACUACGACGGUGAUGUGCAGUCGGACGUUGUAGCUCAGGGCUAUGGUUCUUUGGGAAUGAUGACAUCAGUGCUAAUGUGUCCGGACGGGCGAACUGUGGAGUCUGAGGCAGCACACGGCACAGUUACGCGUCACUAUCGGAUGCAUCAACAAGGCAAGCCCACAUCCACCAACCCCGUGGCAUCCAUCUACGCGUGGACGAGGGGACUCGCACAUCGGGCCCACUUGGACGGUACGCCGGAGUUAGAAAGAUUCGCACUGUCCCUUGAAAAUGCAUGCGUCGAGUGCAUUGACAGUGGGAAAAUGACAAAAGACUUGGUGAUUUGUAUUCAUGGAUUGGCAAACACUAAAGAAGGCAUGUACUUACACACUGAAGAUUUCCUUCAAGCCAUUGCUGACCAACUUGAAUACAAACUAAAAGCUUAA